UUAUGCACAUUACGUUGAGCUAACUUAGUUUACUUACAUAUAUUGAAGUCUGCCCCAUACGCGUCGAGCCAAUGUCGUUGGCCCAUCUUCCCGCUUCUGCAUUCACUAGUAGUUUCUGAAGCUAAACUCUGCAUCCCCCGUACGCCAUUUUAUUUACGCUAUAGGUAUCCAGUCAAGGUUCGCCUCAAAUUAGUUGAUCGUCACUUUUCAGCUUAUAUCGUGUUAGCCCCUCGCUGGGCACAUAUCACUCCACAUGUUUGAAUACCGUUAUAGGACGAGUCCCUCAGGUCGCCAGCAGUUUGGACGUUCUUAUUCGUUCUCUCACCAUCACGAUAAUCAUCGCCACCAUCAUCGGCCACGAUGCUUCGAUAACUGUGCCGGGAUAUCGGUGGAGCAAUGGAAUAGCCUAUGCCAACAGAACAAGGACUUUAUCGCUAGCAAUGAUGUCCUAAGCCGCGAGAACCAGACUCUAAAGGCCCAGCUUCAAGCUGCUAUCAAAGAAAAUGGUCGCCUCCAUGCACGUAAUCAACAGCUGGCCGAAGAGAUACACGGACUAAGACGAUCUCACUCUCACGAUGGCGAGAAUGCGGAAAAGUUUCGUCGUAGAAUGGCAUCUCUUAGGACAGAAAUCGAGUCAAAAGAGAAAGAGAUUCAACAACUUAAUAAGAAGAACGAAACGUUUACUACACGAGUCGACGUCUUGACACAGACAGUCUCGGACCAACAUCGAAGAAUAUCCGAACUCUCAAAACAACUAGAUCGACAGAAGCGAGCCGGUGACUCCCAGGCCUUAUUCGAGGAUGUCAAAGCAAGGUUAGAGAGCAUAAAACACAUCCUCAAGACUCGCAAUCGAGAACUUGCCGAAAGCAACGCCAUCGUGGAGGACCAACGCCGCACGAUUCAUCGGCUUGAGUCUAGUACCCCUUCUCACCAUAGGUAUGCCUACUUGUGAGGAUUCAGGGGAAUCAUACACUACACUUACGCAUUUACUGGUGGAUGGAUAUUAUUUCCAACCUUGAAGCUAGAAAGGGAUGAGGUCUCUUCAUCGACCUAGCAUUACUUGGACUGUUUCCACGAUCUAUACGCUUAGUUUGUUUACCGCCGCGGCCAUCUCACGACAUAUGUUUCUAGAUUUCUAAAUCCUCUUCCGUGGAUUCUUUUCAGCAGAAGGUCAAUGAUUACGGAUCGGGUCAGUUUGGCCACUUGCAACCCCGAUCCUUACCUACUACGACUUUUACUUUUAUUCAAUAUUUCAUGUCGUUUUUAAAUGUAUUACAUAAAAUAUGAUACCAUUACUUCAUUUCAUCCCUUUUUGUCGCUAUUCCACCAUCCUGUUGCGCUAUUUUCUUGGGGGCUUAAUGAGGCUAGAUCAUCAGGUGUCAAUAAUUAUCAAGGUCAAUAGAUGGACGCAGGUUUGCUGCUUGUAGGAUAUUACGCGAGAUAAUAGCAUCAGUUUGAGAAAAGCCUAGUGCAGUGAAGUAGG